AUUUCCCUCUCCCACUUUCAUUUUUUGUUCAUAAAUAUCAUCUUCUUCCUUCCCAAAUCCUUCACCAAAAUUUCCCACAAGUUUAGAAGAAAAAAAAAAUGCAUUCCCAAUCCUCCCCAACAAAGCAUGAUCAACCACCAUCAAAUAAUGCCCGGAAUCCCACCCUUCAAAGAGUCCUCCUCGCCUUCAAUUCCAUCUUGAUGUCCAUCGGCAACUGCGGCGGUCCUCUGAUUCUCCGUCUAUACUUCAUCCACGGCGGUAACCGCGUGUGGCUUUCCAGUUGGCUGUUCACAGGCGGUUGGCCCAUCAUCCUUCUCCCUUUAGCCAUAAGUUACAUUCAUCGCCGCCGUACGGCCACCGACGGAACCAAAACGAAGUUGAUUUUCAUGAGGGAGCCGCUUUUGUUGUUGGGUUCGGCCGUAGUCGGGGUUCUCACGGGAGUAGACAACUACCUGUUCGCUUACGGAAUGGCGAGGCUGCCGGUAUCGACAUCGUCGCUGAUAAUCGCGUCGCAGUUGGCGUUCACGGCGGGGUUCGCGUAUUUGUUGGUGAAACAAAAGUUCACGAGCUACACAGUAAAUGCGGUGGUGUUGUUGACGAUGGGAGGGGCGAUAUUGGCAUUGCACUCGAGUGGAGAUCGGCCGGAGGGAGAAACGAAUGGAGAGUACAUAGCAGGGUUUUUGAUGACGUUGGGGGCGGCGGUGUUGUACGGAUUGAUAUUGCCGUUGAUAGAAUUGAUGUAUAAGAAAACGAAACAGAGACUAACAUAUACAUUGAUAUUGGAAAUUCAGUUGGUGAUGGCAAUAUCUGGAACUCUUGUUUGCACCAUUGGAAUGUUAAUCAACAAUGAUUUUCAGGCAAUAGCAAGAGAAGGAAGAGAAUUUGGACUUGGAAGUACAAAAUACUACGUCGUAUUAGUGAUGAGCUGCAUAAUAUGGCAAUGUUUCUUCAUCGGAGCAGUUGGAGUUAUCUUUUACUCAUCCUCUUUAUUUUCCGGCAUAGUAAUUGCACUUUUAUUGCCGGCGGUCGAAAUUCUAGCCGUCGUAUUUUUUCGGGAGAAAUUUCAGGUGGAAAAAGGAGUUUCUUUGGCUCUCAACCUGUGGGGAUUUGUGUCAUACUUUUACGGAGAAUUUAAGCAAACCAAGAAGAUGAAAUCAAAAGAGCUACAAAAAGCUCAAGCUUCAACAACACCCAUUCAAAAUCAAAAUGUUUGAUGAUAUUUUUUUUUCUCUUUAGGGUGUUGCAUUUUCUUACCAUCUUAUCUCUAUGCGUUACUUUCAUCACUUACACCAUAAAAGAAUUAAGAUAUUAAGAAAAAAAAUAAGUAAACAUUUUCCGCAACAAUUUGAUAGUAUAUAUAUAAAAUUAAUAUAUAUAUAUUUAUGCAACUUGAUAUCAUUCAAGUCUCUGCUAUAAAUUGUUGUUAACUAAAUUACAAAGAAAGUAUCUUCUUUCCUUA